AAAGGUUGUGAUAUUACUAAAGGGAGAUGGGUUUUUGAGGAAAGUUUUCCCUUGUACACAAAUGUUUCUUGUCCAUUUAUAGAUGAAGGUUUUAAUUGUCUGGCUAAUGGAAGAAAGGACAAAGAUUACAUGAAAUGGAGAUGGCAACCUCUAGAUUGUGAUAUUCCUAGGUUUAAUGCAACCAAAAUGCUCGAAUUAAUUAGAGGAAAGAGGCUAGUUUUUGUUGGCGAUUCGCUUAAUAGAAACCAAUGGGAAUCAAUGCUAUGUUUGUUGAAGGGAGCAGUUGUAGAUCCAAAGAAGGUUUAUGAAACUCGUGGAAGGAAAAUAACCAAAGAGAAGGGAAAUUAUUGUUUCAAGUUUGUGGACUACCAGUGUACAGUUGAGUAUUAUGCAACGCAUUUUAUAGUUCACGAGAGCAAGGCUAGAAUAGGUAAGAAACGUGUGCAAACUUUGCGGAUUGAUACUAUAGAUAAAGGGUCAUCAAGAUGGAGGAGAGCUGAUAUUCUAGUAUUCAACACGGCACAUUGGUGGACUCAUCACAAAACAAAAGCCGGGUGAGCUUCAUUCUUAAACUAGAUUCAACCAUAAGGAUUGGCAUGGAGCCCUUUCUCUUUACAUUUCUUAAACUAGAUUCAAUCAUAAAUUAUAAUCUUUGUAGUUUUUGUUUAUGAUUGCUUCUACCACCCAAUUUUAUAUAAUGUUAGAUUAUGUUCUCUGUUAUUCUCUGUUACCGCUGUUUAGCAUCGACACCAACCAUGAAAUGUAGGGAUAUAAACACCGUUAGUCACCCAAUUUAUAUCGUCGUUUCAGUUUGGUCACCAAACUUCUUUUUCUUUAAAAUUGUCAAUUUUCUUUUAGUUUAGACAAUCGAUCUGUAUCCAUGGCUGUUAGAAAAUAUGAAAUGAUACAAAAAAUCCAUUACUGCAUUUUUUAUACCCUAACCUGUCAACAUUUCCUUUAAUUUGGGCGUCUAAUACUGUUUUUAACCCGUAAAAUGUAUCUGCAUGGAGUCUUGACAAUUCAAAUUCAUGUUCUAUGUUAUUAAUUUUUGCUUCUUGGACUUACCUGUACGGUGAAGGGAAGGAGAUGCAUUUUUCUGCUUUUGUUUCAUACCUUGCAUGAUUCAAAUUUCCAUUCCAUUUU